UUGUUGUCUGAUCUCUCCAAGGCACUGCGACAGGACCUGCAAGCCAGUGACGAGGCAAAGAAAACGGUUUUCAAGGCCAAGGCAUGAAGCAUCCUGCAACAACGAACAUAACGAGUCCCAAAUGCUUGGGCAAAAUAUUUUAUGCAGCAGAAACGAGGGUCUGGGCGCAUUGGUAGUGGACACUUAGCCAAUGGUUUCUCAUGAUGAGGACCCGACUUUCGAAGGCACAGACUGACGUGGGGAAGUGUGCAAUCCCAUCAGUGGAUGUCGGCUGCCGGUGGGGCGCCACGGGCGCGGCGUAGUGGAAAUGAAGAGCGUGGGCAGGGUCCCGAUGGAAAAGGUACCUGCUAAGUACCCGACUACAGGUACACGCGUAGAAACCCUGUCGACCCAGCCUUCUAUUGCGCCGUGCUGGUGCUUGUCACUGAACAUCGAAGCGGAUGGAACCCGUCGUGAGAGAGCGCCCAAAUCAUAUCCACCUCUUUCCUUUCUUCUUUUCAAGAGUUCCACACGGCGACUGUCCAUCUGGCAUGGUGACCGAGACUGCCGGCACCACAAACCCACGAACCGAGUUCGGUUGGAACUUCCCCGCCGUCCCCGCCACUUGUACCAUUUCGAUUUUCAGUUUUGCGUUCCCAUCACUUGGUUUCCGUGUGCCUGCAGGUUGCCCUGCCUGACCCGUCUCGGCUCUCGUGCUCUCGACGCGCGGUGUCCAUCUGCAAAAGCAAUGUUGGCCGAUCCCAAGGUUCGGACUCGGCGGCACAGAGUUGUCUGACGGUGGGCCUCCACAUGCGCAUGGAUUGUGACGCUCGAACUUCGAACGUGGAGGCCGAACCGAGCCCGCAAGCCAGCCCCGGCCGUCUCAGUUGGCUUGACUGUUACACGUACGGAUACAGUACUGUACCGUCGUCAACCGAGAUGAUAACGUU